AUGGCAUUAGCACCAGCAAAUGGUGCACAAAAGCAACUCUACCACGGCAUCCCAAUCUACGGACCGUCCAAUCCAUCGCGUGAGACUGUCCUGGCCCACGAAAAACCCCUGGACGAACUCACAACGACUCUCAUCGUCAACAAGCUGCGGCUAAGAGCCAUCAACGCCGCAACUACUGACGUCCAAGAUGCUGUAGACCAAGCCAAGUUCGCUGCAGCAGAGCAUUUCGUUGCUCAAUCAGCGUUUCCAUCGGCCCAACUGCGCAAUGGCAUCCACAAUAUGCAGCCUCCGUACUCCCUUCCGCCCCCAGGCUUCACUAUCGGCCUCAGCACGCCCUACUUCGACAUGGGCCAGUUCUUGUACGACCUUCGCCAAUACUCGGCAUUCUACGGAGGCAGGUAUGUCUACGAUGUAGCAGUUCUUGCCAAAUCACAAGAUCCCGCUCAGCCAGUCGUGCUUGACAUCUACCGAUCGCAGCCGGGGAGACAGGGCACCCACACUUUGUGGUACAUUCAGCAGAGGUGUUGGAUCCCUGGCGCAGGUCAAAGUAUCGAGAUGCUGCAAGCAUUGGCGCCUUCUACGCCUCCUCCUGCCCCGGCCGUACCCGCAGCCAUGCCAGUACUGCCACCAGCACCAGCACCAGCUGCACUCCCAGCUCCACCUCCGCCAGCACAUCGUGCGAUCCAGCCAAGGAAACCACACCAUCAUAGCGCGGUGCCUUACGCUGGAUUGACAGCUGAUCAAAUAUUGGCUCAAGUCCACACCGAGCACAUGUUCGGCGGAGUGAUCCUCGUGCUAUACCUGACAUACGGCAAGGGUGAGCUGAUGAAAAAAUUGAGCGACAGACGACAGCAGCUUGAGGGCAUGACCGCAUUCGGCCCGAAGUCCCAGCAAGUCGUCCACUAUCGGGUCAAGAAUGCGAUCGAGCACAUCUUCGGGAAAGCCAAUUAUCAAGCCAAUGCUAAAGCACUCAAGGACGCGAGUAAGGAUAGGACGCAAGCUGCUUUGUGGCGUACCAGAUUGAACAACCCGGCGACUUACGCCGCUGCAACCUGCUGCCGCUCUGAUGACGAUGAUGCAGCUCCAUCAAGUGGAGCAACUCUUCCAGCACAAAAUCCGGCUGCAUCAAUUCCAGCCCUCCAAGCCCCACCCACGAACAAUGCUGCAGCCUCCUCAUCUACACCCUCUCGUGCAUACGGCAGCAGUAGUCAGGUCCAGCACACGCCAGCACGACCAUUGAUGGCACCAGAGUCUAGGGGGCAGCAGAACCUCGACCAUUCUACGUCGGCAACCGCAUCCGAUGCUGUGCGGCCCUCCUCCCCACCAGUGCUGCUAGAUCCUGCUCUUCGGGACGAUGCAGUUCCCACCUCUCCAACGAUACAAGCUCCUGCUACGUCAGACGAUAUGGCACCAACUGCUUCAGCAAUGCCAGCUUCCGCCUUCCAAGGAAAUGUCGCGAGGACCUUCUCACAGCCAAUGGAAGGUGUGCAGACUGGUGCUAUCGUUGCACCAGCGAGCGAAGGACCCUCAGACAACGUCUUGCGUCCCGUACUGGGUCAGAGUGAGACUUGGUUCCUUCAAUGGGCCACCCAGCAGCCUGCAAACGAGGCAUCGGCCACGCCAAUGGAGGUCGAUGAGCCCCAGGAGUCCAACGACGAGGUUUCACAGAGUAACGAUGCUGCAGUAUCGCCACAGGAGAGCCAGCAGCCGACUGGAAUGGAGAUCGAAAACGCUGCAGUAUCUCCAAGCCAGAGUGCACCGCAGGCUCAGGAGCAGAUCGUGGAUACUGCGAUGUCCCCAGACAAGGAUGACCAGCAGACACAGGGUCAGAUUGAUGAUACUGCAGUCGCUCCACACGAGAGUCAGCAACUGGUUCAAGAGCAAAUCGAGGACGCCGCAGUAUCGGCGGGCGACAGUCCACAGGAGACUCAAGAGCCGAUUGAAGGUCCUGCGGUAUCACCAAACGAGAUUGCGCCGCAGACCUCGGACCAUUUGGCGGAUAGUGCAGCAUCGCCAGACGAGCCCCAGCAACAGACUCAGGAACAGACUGAGGUUGCAGUAUCGUCCAGCGAAGAUCAGGAGCAAGCCCAGGAGCAACUCGAUGACACUCCAAUCUCUUCAGGCGAGCUGCAACAGCAAACCCAAGACCACAGCGAGGAAAUCGCAGCUUCUCCAGCUGAUCCUUCCCCACAGACGCAGCCACAGAGCAACGAUACCGCGAUGGUAUCAGGCGAAACCCAGCAGCAGGCCCAGGAACAGGAGCCACAAGACCACUCACUCGACGAUGCACAAGACGUCGUACAGGCCCAGCCACAAGUACAUCCUCAAGACGAUCAGCAAGAGGAUGAACAACCUAUCCCAGAGACUGAGCAACCAGAUGAAUCGCAUGAUCUAGAGCCUGACUGGGACUACUUUUGGGACUGGCCUGGCAAUGUCUUCUGCUGGGGGUGCAAUGGUGCCGGGCGACACUUCGACGACCACGAAAAGGACUGUUUUUCAAGGUUCGAUCCUGAUAACAAGUGA